GCGGGGCGGGGGCGCCAGGAGCGGGAGGCCGGCGCCCGCCCGCCUCCCCCAUUCAUUCAGCAGAGCCCGGGGGCCGAGGGGCUCCGCGGCCAGCUCUGCUCCGCAGGACUUCGGGCGCGCCGCCCCCGCCAGCGCGCAGGGCCGGGGCCGGCCGGGGCACUUCCUCGCCGCUGCCACCCAGCGCGUCGCACUGCCCGCGAACCACCAUGUCGGACCCCGCGGUCAACGCGCAGCUGGACGGGAUCAUUUCGGACUUCGAAGCCUUGAAGAGGUCCUUUGAGGUCGAGGAGGUCGAGACACCCAACUCCACGCCACCCCGGAGGGUCCAGACCCCCCUCCUCCGGGCCACGGUGGCCAGCUCCACCCAGAAAUUCCAGGACCUGGGCGUGAAGAACUCGGAGCCGGCCGCCGCCCGCUAUGUAGACUCCCUCAGCCAGCGGUCCCCCAAGGCGCCCCUGCGGAGGGUGGAGCUGUCGGGCCCCAAGACCGAGCCCGUGUCCCGGCGCACCGAGCUCUCCAUCGACAUCUCGUCCAAGCAGGUGGAGACCGCCGGCGCCACCGCCGCCGCCGCCCCGGGGCCGUCCCGGUUCGGGCUCAAGCGGGCCGAGGGGCUGGGCCACAAGACGCCGGAGCCCGCCCCCCGGAGGACGGAGAUCACCCUAGUCAAGCCCCCGGAGCCGGCCCACCGGAGGAUGGAGACCCCCGCCUCGAAGCUCCCCGAGGUGCCCGCCGCCCCCGCCGCCGACGCCGCCCCCAAGAGGGUGGAGAUCCAGGUGCCCAAGCCAGCCGAGGCGGCCGCCUCCCCCGCCCCAGCCCAGAUCCUGGAGAAUUCAGAGCCCACCCCGGUGUCUCAGCUGCAGAGCCGGCUGGAGCCCAAGCCCCAGCCCCCCUCGGCCGAGGCCCCGCCCAGGAGGCAGGAGGCCACCGAGGCGGCUCCCGGCUGCGCUGGCGACAUGGCCGACACCCCCCGAGACGCCGGGCUCAAGCAGGCCCCCACCCCGCGGAACGAGAAGGCCCCCGCGGACUUCGGCUACGUGGGGAUCGACUCCAUCCUGGAGCAGAUGCGCCGGAAGGCCAUGAAGCAGGGCUUCGAGUUCAACAUCAUGGUGGUCGGGCAGAGCGGCCUGGGGAAGUCCACCUUGAUCAACACCCUCUUCAAAUCCAAGAUCAGCCGGAAGUCGGUGCAGCAACCGGCCGCGGAGGAGCGCAUCCCUAAGACCAUCGAGAUCAAGUCCAUCACGCACGAUAUCGAGGAGAAGGGUGUCCGCAUGAAGCUGACGGUCAUCGACACACCGGGCUUUGGGGACCACAUCAACAACGAGAACUGCUGGCAGCCCAUCAUGAAGUUCAUCAACGACCAGUACGAGAAGUACCUGCAGGAGGAGGUCAACAUCAACAGGAAGAAGCGGAUCCCCGACACGCGUGUGCAUUGCUGCCUGUACUUCAUCCCGGCCACCGGACACUCCCUCAGGCCCCUGGACAUCGAGUUCAUGAAGCGCCUCAGCAAAGUGGUCAACAUCGUUCCGGUCAUCGCCAAGGCCGACACGCUGACCCUGGAGGAGAGGGUCUACUUCAAACAGCGGAUCACCGCCGACCUGCUGUCCAAUGGCAUUGACGUGUACCCCCAGAAGGAGUUCGAUGAGGACGCGGAGGACCGGCUGGUGAACGAGAAGUUCCGGGAGAUGAUCCCGUUCGCCGUGGUAGGCAGCGACCACGAGUACCAGGUGAACGGGAAGCGGAUCCUCGGCCGGAAGACCAAGUGGGGCACCAUCGAAGUUGAGAACACCACACACUGUGAGUUUGCUUACCUGCGGGACCUCCUCAUCAGGACGCACAUGCAGAACAUCAAAGACAUCACCAGCAGCAUCCACUUCGAGGCGUACCGCGUGAAGCGCCUGCACGAGAGCAACAUGUCCAACGGCGUGGACGACAAGGAGCCGGAAGCGCAGGAGAUGUAGACCCGCCCCGCCCCCAGGGCCCCGCCCCCCCAGCCUCUCCCGCCCCCCAGCCCGCCCACUGGCCCCACUUUCUCUCCUCUCAUUUUCUCCGUUCGUCAUCGUCCUCCGCCCCGCACCACGCCGCCAUGGACAAGAUAACGAGUCCCCCGAGUGUGACCGUUCCUGGCAGUGCCUAGGUCCGGGAGAGGCCGGACCACAGCCAGGAGAGGCGGGCAGGGGCCGGCCGAGUCCAUGCCCGCCCCGGCCCCAGGCCCGGCUCCGGGGUCUGGCGGAGCAGCCCCCUGCUCUUGGUACCCGCCGCACCCCCAGGCUGCCUCAGCCCCUGGAGCCUGCGGGGUUGUGCCCGGGGGGCAUGGAGCCAGCAAGGGGGGGGGGGGGGGG